GAUGGUUAGCACCAUACAAUAUGUCAGGACAAAGUUUCACCGACUCCCUGCCAGCCCCUACAGCCGGCUGGGACAAUGGCCCGUCAAAACUUGAAUUGAAAGAGAGAGAGAAACAAAGCCAGCUUGAAGCAUUUGGUCCUACAGAUAGUCAUGCUCUUUCCCAGAUCGAUCACGAUGAAAAGGGCCUGGCCCAGAAAGCCGGCGAUACCGACGAGGUGACAGAUUUGGGAUGGCAACACUCCCCUCAAGGCCGAAUCGUGGCAGGCCUAUCGAAUGAGGACCUUUGGAUGCUCAUCAGACGGUUCAACAAGCAAAUAUACUAUGUGAAAGCCGUCCCAGAUGCCCCGUUACAAAGGUUGGAUCUCAAUCGUGCCGAAGAUGAGCAUUUCUCCCCAGAUAAAUUGCGGGCGACCCUUGAGCGUUUCUAUACGACAAUUGUUGUGUCGUUGGCUGCAUUCUACAAGCAUAUUAUCAGGUUACGCUCGUGGAGGGAGCUCGGCGGACAGGGAUGUUUUGCGGAGACAUGGCUGUUCCCACCUGCUCCUAUUGCUCUCGUUGAUAGCAAUACCGGAGGUGUACAGAAGCCCAAAGCUGGUGUGCUAGGCUCUCAUGAUAGUGUCACCGGCGCACCGGAGAAAAUGAAGGGUGAGGCUGCUGAGCAAGAGGCCAGUAACUUAAUCACAAGCGCAGCCACUGUGGCGGUGGGAAGUGUUGCUGGUAAACAUGACCAGGGAACACCUGAAGGUGCUCCCAUGGAGGACUCAGUUCCAGAUGCCAUGCAUACUGUCUCGGAAGCAGCAGAUGCGCAAACAGCAGCCCACGGGGGAGUACCAGAUAGUACUCACGAUAAGACAAGGGAGCCCAUGAAGGAGACAGUACUCAACGGCGCAAACUUAGGCAUGCGUAUACUGAGUGAUAUCACUGAUAUUUACGAGAAGCUUGGGAAUGCCCUGUCACCAACCCCACCAUUUUCAUCUACUACCCCAUAUGUCCGGUUGGCAAGCAUUUUAUCUCUUGGGUUACUCGGGUCAUUUGUUACCUCAAGCUACGUGUUUGUCAAAAUGGGUACUUUCGUGGUAGGGUUUGGUUUCUUCGGAGACCCCGUUUUUGCUCGUAUUACUGCGUACUUGAAUCGCAAAUACCCAGGCUGGAUCAAGCUUCUUGAGUUGCAAAACUCCCUCCUAAAAGGAAUCCCUACAAAUGCCCAGCUAACUUUAACCCUCCUCCGUAUCGGCGAAACAAAUGCUGCCCCCUUACCGCCGCCACCUUCCGACGCACUACAAAAAGCGCCUUCUGCCCCUACAUCGCUCAACCCCAGCCAAGUCAACUUGGAUGCGUCAGAAGAAGAAAUAGCCCAAGCAGUUGCACCAGACCCCGUAACCCAAGCACAAGAGGAAGAGGAAAAGUCCCAAGCAAACAAACGCAAGAAAACAAUAGGCUCCCGCAUUGUCGGCUUCUUCCGAGGAACAACUGCAACGGGCAUCGAAAGCAAACUUGCAGUUGACCGGGUCCGGGCAGCUGCAGGAUCCGAGCACGCUAAAUCCCGACUUGGAAUUCUCAGCAGGAAGGGCAAAAGGGCGUUGCCUUUGGGACCGGUCCAGUUUGACGCUCGCUACAAAGGCAGUCGAGGAGCUGUGGUGAUUGACUCGGCUCGUGACCCGCCAGUGUUGUAUUUUACGACAGAUCCGGAUGCCCUGUUAGGCGACCAGAGGCUUGAGAGUAGGGAAAAGGGAACCGUAUCCUUCAGUAUGCCCGUAACUGAUAUUAGGGAGUUGCGGAAGAUUGGGGGAUUUGGAUGGAAGGGGAAACUGGCUGCCGGAUGGGCGAUGGGAAGUAAAGAGGUGGUUGAUGGAUUGGAGAUUGUUGGGAAGGAUCCAAAGAAACAACAUUAUCAACUUACUGCUAUGAAGAUGAGGAACCAGUUGUUCAAUCGCUUGGUGGCGAUUGAUGGACAGGUUUGGGAAAGCUAUUAA